CCCGACUUAAAGCAGCGCGUUGUGUCCAGUGUUCAUGUGUCGCAGAUUUUAAAAAGUGAGAGAGGCAGGCAGCUGGAGUUUGGUGAGAGGGAAGCGCAGAGGCACAACGCACAAAACAAGUGCUCACACCGGGAGCGAGCGGCUGCAGUGACACUUGUCACAGUUUUUUUCCCUCCUCCUCCUCUUUAACUAUUUUUAUUUCAGCACUUCGAAAAGCAGCAGAGACCCAGUUUGUUUUCUGUUUUGGAGCGUGUGGAGCAGCGCGCGGCGAUGGAGCUGUCAUCAAUAGGAGACCAAGUGUUUGCAGUGGAGUCAAUAACAAAGAAGAGAGUCAGAAAGGGUAAUGUGGAGUAUCUACUGAAAUGGCAGGGAUGGCCCCCAAAGUACAGUACUUGGGAACCAGAGGACAAUAUUUUGGACCCUCGCCUGGUCCUGGCCUACGAAGAGAAUCAGGAGAAGGUCAGAGCUCUGGCCUAUCGCAGGAAAGGACUCAGACCCAGGAGGCUCGUCCUGCGGAACAUCUUUGCCAUGGACCUCCGCAGUGCCCACAAGGUCCCGGACAAGCCUCCGCCCCGGCUACGCCUCUCCCUCACCCGCUCCAUGAGCACAGAUGUGGACCAGGGCGAGCGGGGCAGCAUGUACUGUCGUCAAGCCAGAAGGAGGAGCAAGUAUAGGGCGUCCAAACGAGGGCCAGAUGGACCCUCAAACAAACCCAUCCGUCCACCCAGGAAGAAGGAGGAGUCCAUGGAGGAGGACUGGGGCGGCACCAGCGAAGAAGAGAAGCAGGAGUCUGAAAGCACCACUGAGGAGAGACGUGAAGACAGUUUAUACGGUCAGUCCGAGUGCAGUUCCCCUCCCCUGCUGGAGCGACAGGACUUGGAGAUGGAGGUGGAGGAGAAGGUGGAGGCCGACCUGACAGCAGUAGGCACAGAGAUAUGGACUGACAGAGCAGGCGGAGGGACGUCCGAAAUAAGACUCAACCAAACAUUUGCGUGCGACCAAUCAAAGGACAGCGCCUCAGUGCCUGAGGCCGGACAAGGGGAUGUUGUUACUGUGGGCAACAGGUCAGAGUGGGACAGAGGUGAGGCGGGUGUGGCGUCAGGGUCGGAGUGUCUGAGUCACAGAUCAGAGGGAGGCGUUUGUCAGAGAAACAACACAACCUCGGUGAUAGUGAGCGUUCAGGAGAGCAGCGAGACAGCAGGUGACACCACCGCUGUCUGCUCGGCUGCAGAAGCACGGAGGGAGGAAGUGAGAGGCGACAAUCAGAGCGUUACUAUGACAACACCAGGCAGUCAGACUGAUCCCGCUGAAGCAGAGCAUCCUGGGAAGGUGAUUGUGACAGAAGUGACUAUCAACUCCUUGACGGUGACUUUUAAAGAAGCCACGGUGGCUGAAGGCUUCUUUAAGGGCUACUGAACGCAAAGAAAGAGAGAUCAAAAUAACCAUAAUUAGACUUGCCACUCAUUUUCUACAUGUAAAUAGUCGUAUAUGUAAGAUAAUUCUUCAUGUUUACAAAGCUACACUCAUUUCCUGCUGAGUUCAAUGAAGAAAUUAUUGCCUUUGAAUGAAAAGUGAGUGGUAAUUUUAUCAUUGUGGCUCAUUUAUUAGGAGUGAUAAGAAACAAGAGUCCCCUAAAAAUGUGCUAAAAUCAUUUUCACAUUGCAAUCCAGCAGACAAAAUAGAUCUCAGUGGCAGGUUUCCUUCCUGGGGCUGCUGGGUUUACUGAGAGCGGGAGACAGAUGGUGAGACAGCAGUCGAGUCUAUAACAAUACAGACCACAUACUACUUCCAUGCAGCUACUUUCUCCAGUCGUCUUCAGUGCUUUCCAGAUACCAGUCUCAGAUCUGUUCUCGGGGCCUGUUUCAGUCGCUCCUUUUCUUACGAAUAAUGUUUUGUAAAGAUAUCGCUCUUUUCCAGUAUUCACACAGAGUUAACCGCAUGCCCUGUCAGUCUGUGCCACACAUGCACAAAGCCCUGUCCUGUGUGUUAUUGAAGAGGUUUAUUUCUGUCACAAAAGAAAUAAAACAAAGGAGAGAACUAAUACCCGCCGCUCAGAUGAAGUUCUGCGUUUCAAGGAGGAGGGAUGCACAAAAAAAGAAGUACACAGUUGUGUUUGCUGUCUCUGUCUUUUUACUUUUCAAGUAUGAAAUGCUACCUGGUUCUAUUUUUGUAUUACCAAUUGAUAGUCCACUCUUUUCACUAGCCUUUGUGCAUCUCAAAAGAGGAAGUAUCAGUUUACACCGCCGCUGUUAAACGCCGUGUAGGGUAAUGUACAAAUGGAAGCAAACGUACAGUACGUUAGGUCAGACAGUAGUGAGCUGUUAUUUAUUGCAUGUCACAUGUAUAAGCUAAACUAACUUAUGUCACGUAUGUGUCUGAAUCCGUCUUUCUCUGACAAAGAUGAAUUGUCAAACAUGUCUUUUCUCUGAAAAUGAAUUUUUAUUUUGACUGCAUUUCCAAUAAAUAUGUACUAAAAUAA